AUGCCCCAUGAAGAAAUCACCGCAAUGGCGGCUCGAGACGGGCGCCCUUCGAGGUUCUUCUUGUCCCUGGCAAGCCUCACGUCCAGUUCGCUCUUGGCGUACGUGCCGUGCAUGGAAAACAGCGUCAAGUUCUCGGGUGGAGCAGUCGCGGCGCUGGUGGCCGUACGCUGCGCGGGAAGUCUGCGCUCGGCUUGUGUCGUGGGAAUGCUGUCUGGCCUUUUCGCCCAUUCACUGUAUGCCGACGUCCUGCACAAGAGACGACGAAAGAGGAGACGAGGCCGACAAGGAGGAGGAGGAGGCAAGCGACAAGAGGAAAGGAGAGAGAUGGAGAGUGGUGGUGAGGAAGUAGUGGACGAGGAGGAGGAGGAGGCAGCAGACGCGGAGACGUAA